CCACUGGCAGAGGUGACUGUGGAGCUCAGCCCGAUGAGCCGGUAGGAAGGGGGCUGCUCCUGCCCGGGGUGUCAGGUUGGAACAGUGGGAUGGAUGUGGCGUGACAGGGUCAGUGGGGUUGGAGCAGCAGGGGAAGCUGACAGGUUUUCUGAAGAACAGCCCUGUGAUGUGUGAACCCCUCUCUGUGGGGUGAGUCCCAGCUGGAGAAGAGACUCAAGAGACAGGCAUAACUUUUCUCUGGUUUCUUUUCCAAGGGACAUCUUCGGGCUUAUUUGGCAACUGGCAGGUGCCUUUGUCUCUCUGGGGAGAAAUUUUCUGAGCCCAUGCCAUUCCCACAGAGUACACACUACUUGUUUCUGCUGUGGACAGGGGGCAGGAUGGGAAUGUCUGAGGGCCACUGCAAGCAAGAGGGACAACAGAGAGUGCUCCCUAACCAGCAGCCCAGGUCUCUCACUUGGAUGAUGAAGCUUGAGCACUGCUUGUGCUUUGGCCAAUCUCAGGCAGAGCCAAAAGCAAAGCUCCUUGGCAGUGCCACUGGCACAGCAGAGCCAGAGCCUCUGGCUUUGGCUGCAGAAGGACAAACUGCUGUGCAGCCAAGCACUCAGGGGAGAGCCAAGCAUCUGCAGGGGAAGGGUUUUCCCCAGCUGUGGCAAGAGACCAUGCAGGUGUGGGAGAGCUGUGGAGCCAGUCAGACCGAGCUCCUGUGCUUCCUUGCUCUGAAGGGGUUUGCCCAAGGCUUGGGUAAUCGAUAGCCCCAGGACUCCCUCUCUUUCAGGCAAAAGAUGGUCCCACUGAAGAAGAGCUUUCAAGUCUUCAUCGUGUUGCUCUCAGUGGCUCUUGCUGCUGUUUUCUGCGGGACUGCCCUGCCAGGAUGCUCACCCUGGACAAAGGGACUCAUGGAGGAGCUGCCAAGUGUAUUUUCAGCAGGACUGAAAACCCUCUGGAAUUCACACACCUUCACUGAAACCCAAAAACUGCAGAAUCUCCUGGAAGAGGUCGCUCAGCUGAGGGCAGAGAUCAGUAGUUUGAAGAUGGCUUUGGAAUCCUGUGUCAAGAUGGACUGGGCCCUUAAGAGCUCCGGAGCCACCAUUGACACACAAAGAACUUCCCAGACCUACGACUGCAACGAGAGUUUUCUCUGCAGGAUUUUACGCCUCUUCUGGACUACCAGCCCUCCUGAUACCAUUCUGCAGCCAAAUGUUUACCCAGGAAACUGCUGGGCUUUCAAAGGGCAUCAGGGCCAGGUUGUCAUCAGGUUGCCAGCGCGAGUCUACCUGACUGCCAUCACAGUGCAGCACAUCACCAAAGAAGCCUCUCCAAGUGGGACCAUCAACAGUGCUCCCAAAGACAUUGCUGUCUUUGGAGUGGAUGCAGACAGAGAAGAGGAAACUCUCCUGGGCACAUUCAGCUACAAUGUGGAAAAAGAUCCCAUGCAGACUUUCCCUCUGAAGAACAUGCUGCUCCCCAGAGCCUUUUCACAAGUCAAACUUAUUGUGAAGAGCAACUGGGGAAACCCAUGGUAUACCUGCAUCUACCGAGUGAAGGUUCAUGGAAAGAUGGAAAACCAGAAAGCCUCAACCAAGGGCCAAGAUAAAUAAAGAAGAAAACACAAAAGAAGGAAGGGCAGGGGGAAGAAGGGAAAUGGGGGAAAUGAUGUGGCAGCCCAUUGUUGAUUUUAGAGGAUGUAUGUGGGACUGUGUGAGGUGAGUUUUAGGUAAAUAUUAGGAAUUAUAGUACAAUUUAAUUCCCCCUGUUGAAAGGGACCCAUAAGGAUCAUCACGUCUAACUCCUGGCCCUACACAGGACAGCUCCAACAACCACACCAAGUGUCUGACAUCUGGCUCAGUGCUGUGACCAGUUCUCUGGGAAGCCUGUUCUAGUGCCCAACCACCCUCUGAGGGAAGAACCAUUUGGGUAAAGAACCUUCUGGGUGAAAAACCUUCUGGGUGAAUCACAGAAUCUGCUGAGCUGGAAGGGACCCACGUGGAUCAUUGAGUCCAGAUGCUGCAACUCCUGGCCCUGCACAGGAGCACCCCAACAACCACACUGUGUGUCUGACAGCUGGCUUGGAGCUGUAGCCCAUUCACUGGGGAACCUGUUCCAGUACCUGAACACGUUCGGGUUCUGGUUCUUCACCCAGAAGGUUCUUCACUCAGAAGGAGAAGGUUUUUUACCAAACGUUCCUCACCAGUUUCUUCUGGACAAUUACAGGCCCUUCUGGAGGGAUAGGCAGGACAGAAGAGGAGUAGAGGUCCCUUCCAUGUCAGAGGUUCCAUGGUUCUAUGAUUCUAUGAUCAGUUGUUUCCAACCCAUCUCUUCUAAACCCCUGACACAGUGGUAUAUAUGUCAGAAACAGAGUGGAAGCCACAAGUCCAGGAUUCAAGACAAUGGCUGAAUGCAUGGAAACCUCUACUCCUUGACUGGGUGUGUAGUCAGAGACUAAUUUGUGCCAGAGCCUAACACUACUGACUAAAAUAAAUAAAGCCAUAAGCCCUGGGAAUUGUACUUCAACCUUUGUUUGAUCAGUAGAACUGUAAGCAGUAAAUCAGGUAUAGGAUGGGGACUCCACCACCUCCCUGGGCAGCCCCUGUCAAGGCCUGACCACCCUUUCAGUGAAGAAAUUCUUCCUAAUGUUCAACCUGAAUGUGCCCUGGCACAUCCUGAGGCUGUUCCCUCUCCUCCUGUCCCUGUUCCCUGGGAGCAGAGCCUGAACCUUCUUGCUGUCCCCUCUUGUCAGGGAGUUGUGCAGAGCCACAAAGUCCCCCCGAACCCCCUUUCCUCCAGACUGAGAACCCCCAGCUCCUUCAGCUGCUCUUCAUCAGACUUAUGACAAAUGACUUUUAGCUAGGAAUUCUCUGCAAACCCUUUGUAGCAACCUCCUUCUGGUUUCUUGUCACUUAAGACAAUUCAGGACAGGGAUUUAAUUUUCUUGUUAUCAAAAAUUCAGUAAAAUAACAAAAC